AUGUAUCGGAAGUUGUCUAAGUUAGAACACUCGGAAAUAAAACAACUUCUUACAGAAGCUAAUAUAGAUGUUGCAAAGCAUUACGCAACAAACAAAAAAGCACUCGCUGACAUCCUCAAUGACUAUAAUGGUGCAAUAAGUUAUGAUAGAAUUCAUGAGUUCAUAAAGCCGCAACGCGGCGAGGACGAAGUCCAUGCAAGAGCAUUUCCUUUAAAUGACGUUGCUAUUGACUUAUAUCAUAGACGUUCAGUACCUCAUGAAGUAAGAAGAGAAAUGUUUGACAUAACAAAUGCAAACGUUGGUGAAACAAGAAGAAGAGACGACACACUGAAACAACAGAGAAGAGAGAUGUUUAAGAGCGCUAUAGAACAAGUUCGCAAAGCUAACGAUGUCAUUCGUUCCAUUGACGACAAACCAAAAGAAGUGAGAGAUGGUUAA